AGAGAUUUAGCGGCAAUAAUGCUGAAGUGGAGAGUCCGCGGUGAUAUGGACGACACGAACCCAAGCUUGAAGACGAUGGUGACACCGGAAUGCCCGCCAUGCUCCUCUGUCACCCCAAGCACGGCGUCCGUCACUCAGAGCCACGCCUCGGACUCCCUCAGCGCCCUGCCGCCGCCCCCUGCACCUCCCAACAAAUCCUUCCUGCACCAGAGCUUCGUGACUGGCUCCUCCCCAAGUCUGCAGUAUUAUGACGGUCGAGGAAGCCGUCCUUCGCUGCCCCCCACCCCCUUCCAUGGCCCACUGAGUCCUCCAAGUGGUCCCAGAUACUAUGAAAGUCAAGGGCGGUACUCUCUCCCUCCCCCAACCUACGAGGAGCCCCUGGACCCUGCUGCCGAGGAUCCCAGGUGUUACAAUGGGCGGUAUUCCCUGCCGCUCCCUACCUAUGAGGAGCCCUCGAGACCCUCGGGAGAAGACAGUGGCCCUAGCUACUAUGAUUGCAAGGGACGUAUCUCCCCGCCCUUGCCUAUGUAUGAGGUGCCGCGUAGCCCCUUGAGAGUAGAGGAGAGUGUGUACGAGGCCUGCCCAGGCAACGAAGACGCCGAGGAGAGGCCUCAAGGUGGCGGUGGCGGUGCGUACGAUGCCCCUCCCUCUCAUUACGCUUGUCCAGGCAACAACGCCGCCGUCACGCCCCACCGCGCACGUGACGAGCAUGUCCAGGGAGCGUCCCGCACUGCUUGUGACGCGGUGCACAUCUCCACCACCACUACCACCACCACCACCACCACCACCAGCACCGGUACAAAUACAACGGAGCAGGAUGAGUGGCGUCGCGCAUCACGGAGCAACAGUGGUUCGUAUGGGACCGGGAAGCGCCGCCCUCGUCCUAGAUACUACUUCGGCACCAUGCCAUCCAUCCGCCCCAACUGUAGUAGCAACAGCUUCACGCACUACUCCACGCCCAGGGGAAACCGUCCAGUGCUCCCUAGGCCGCCGCUGCCCGCCCAAUUUCUCUCCGAGAGCCACGACGACGCCGCAGACCCACUACAACACUAUGACUUCCCCAAGAAACGGGUUGCCGCCUGUGACUCGCCAACGCAAGGGGACGAGUACGAGGAUCUGAGUCCGUACAUCGUGUCACGGGAACAGAGGUCAGCGGCAGCCAAGGACCAGAAGACCCAGGGCGCGCGAGGCAACGUGCUGAGAAGACUGAGGGCGUUCAUGUUGCGGGACGAGGCCGGCAAGGAUCGCAAGCCGCCCAAAGAGCCCAGGAAGUGUAAGAGAACUAUUAGCCUCCGUAAGCAGACGAAGGAAGACAAACACAAGGCAAAGGACAAAACAGAGGCUCAGGAAGAAUACCAAAGCCUCGACCUUCCCCGGGAUAACCUGAAGGAGGCUCUGGAUCUGAGCGUUGGGCGUGGUUGCCGUAGGAAGGAGGACGGGCGACCACGUGGAGAGAGGUGGAGGGGACUCUUCCAUACAGUCCGGGAGAAAUUGUCACCCCCGCAGAGGCCGAGCGUGUUCUGGGUUGUCCUCACUGCCCAGGAAAGCGGAAAGGAAAACGGAGAAACGGAAGCCCUGACGGAGGAGGGAGUCUCGGGGGCGGGGGGAGGCGGCGGCGACCCUGCUGGUGGCGGCGGGGAAGGGUCGCCGCAAAAAUCACCACCGCCGUCACCACAACCACCACAAACACAGACAAUUUACCACACCUUCCCCCGCCGCCGCUCCCGCCCCCCGCGCCUCCCGCUCCGCACCAGUCCCUUGACCUCCACAGCCAUCCCCGACGGAGCUUAUGUUCAUCUCUUCCCCUUUAUGAGCAUGUCGGCGUUGCAGAUGGCGGCGGAGGGGCGGGACUACCUCAUGUGGUGCCCUGAUCAGGAGUUUGACAAUGCCGUGUCAGCGUUGGACAUACGGGGUCUGGUGGACUUGGUGCAGACGCUGCAGGACGCCAUGGCGGUGGAGCAACAAACCUUUGACAGCCUCUCGCAGCAGUUGGAGCUGGUGUCGGAGCCACUUCAGCAGCAGAGACUGUCAGCCGCCCUGUGCACCUCCCAGACGCGCCUCGCUCGCCUCUGUGCCAGGAAUAUGAGGUGCUUCAGACAGCAGGCCCUGAAGGCGCGCCAGAGGGAUAAUUCUGAGAGCAGAUCCUCCAGCCCCCGCGACUCCGGCCUUGUGGUGUCGUCAGCCGCGCCCUCAGAUACAGAAGGCGGUGAUGCGCGGUCCCCUACCCACGGCUCCUUCAAGAAUUCCCUGGCAUUCUUCCAAAGGGCGGCGCAUCUUGUCGCCGCCAACACGAGGAAUGCAGCGCAAGGUUACCGGCAGAAGGACUCCCGGCGAAGGUCCUCCCGUGGCAGCAGCACCUACAGCAGCAGCGGCAGCGAGGUGUGGAGCGUCAACUCAGAAGACCUGACGGCGGGGGACUUGGCGGCGUCUGGAGGGGUGAGGGGAGACUUGGAUGGGGACCUGCUGGGGUACGUGGACGACCAGGGCACCUACGAGCAGGUUCUCUUCAUCAACGGACGACCACAGUACCAGGAUGACUUCGGCUCGGGGGGCGAGGAGAGCAUCGCCAGCUGGUCAGCACCGCAGUUUCACGCCAAACUCCGAGGUGGCAACUCAACGGAGGUGGCGGACGGUCGCCGCCAACUCACCUCAGUCGUUCACACUUCCUCGGCCGUGGCUGGCGCGCCGCCCCCCGCCCUCCAGCCCGACCCUGAAUGCCUCACCCCCUUGAGGACGUCGUACACGUCUGCUGGAGAUCUCGAGCACCUGGUGACGCUGCCCCGCAGGAAGCCUUACCUUAACUUUAAGAGUGUGUCGUGCACGGCGGACCUGCCCGGUGUCGGUGGGGGUUUGUCCGCAGACUUCGAUAAUGGAAGUCUGAGUGACUUUAAGGAGCGUCUUGGAGUGACUAGAGGCAGCGACUCCACCACGAUAACACGAGCACAGAGUUUUAAGGAAGGACUUAACUAUUACUCGAGUGACUACGGGAACAGCAGCAGCACGUACAGCUUGUCCAGGACGCAAAGCUUCCACGAUGGUCUAGCGAGCAGUGGCGACAUUCCUGACGGCGACGGUGGCGGCGGAGGUAGUGGUCGGGCCAGGCUGCAGCGAGCGCCCUCCGUGGAUGAGAUUCUCGAGUCGGUCAAGUACUUGCGGGCCAAGAAGACCAUGGUGAAGUCCACGCCAGACCUGGCUAGCGCCCCUGAGCCCGUCUAUCAUUCGGCGUCCCUCCCGCGGCACCGCAGCACCAGCAAGGGCAAGGGCUCCUCGCGGGGGUCCACCGGCUCCCUGCUGGGUGUGCGCUACAACAGCCGCGCCAGCGACUCCUCCCUGUACGAGAAGGUCCCUGAGCCUGAUUACGAGCAGAUCCACGACGAUGUGGACCACGCCAACAUUGCACACUAUGAAAACUUCUGCCGCGGCAACAACCAUUACGAGAACGUGCACCUCAAGGGCGAGGCAAUCUACGACAGCCCGCGCCCCACCGAUGUCCACCUCUUGCACCAGUAUGACCGGAGCCACGCCGAUCUCCAGUACGAGAAUGUCAAGUACGACGUUCCCGUGUACGAGAACCUGGACGGCAAGGAGCCCACCUACAUGAACCUGAAUGGCAAGGUCAGCAAUGUGUAUGCCAACCUGGACGGCAGAAGGUCGGCCACCCUGAGGCCUUCCUCCUCCGCCUCGUCCAAAUCAAGGUCAAAGGUGACGAUAAGCGGGAACUCCACACUGCAGGGCACGACCUAUGACGUGCCGCGAGCCGCCACACAUAUCUAUGAUUCGCCCCAGCGGCAGGUCCGCUCGGUGGGAGCGUCCACGCAGGCCAACGAGUAUGACACCCCGAGGAACAACCGCUCCGUGCUGCCGCAGUCCACGCAGAUCGUGCUCAAGGCCAAAAACGACCAGAAGCAGAAGAUCGACGACAUCUUUGCUGACUGUGAUAAGGACUCCCUGGACGGCGACAAGGAGCGAGACAGGGCGCCCCCAGACAUUCCUUCACCCGAUUACGGCAGCGAGGAGGAGGGUGAGGGGUACGAGGACGCCUCCAACGAGUACGUCACCACGGAGCUGCCUGACGAAGGGCUUGGGGAGAGUGACAGCCGCUCCUACUACACUGAGGACCCUGCAGGCCUCGAGGUCAUCCUGGAGGAGCCGGAGGAGGAGUACUGCAGCUCACAUGUAUCUGAGGACGAGCUGAGAAGAGACGUGGACAUCACCUUCGAACUCAAGUGUGAGCGACGGUCUCUUGACGGUUCUGAGGGCAUCGGCUCGGCGGAGGGCGACACGCAGUCCUCGGGCGGGUCUGAGCACUGUGUUGAGGAGGACUGUGCAAGCUCCGGCAUACACAGCGAGGACACCCCUUCUCCCGGUCCCCCCGUGGAUGCGGAGAAGGAGGGGCGGCAGGGACUCCUCCACAAACAGAAGCGUGAGGAGGACAGGACGCAGAAGGACCGUUGUGUGGAGGUGUACCCGGAGACUGUAAGGCAGAGGCAGCGGAACAUGAUGGCCGCUAACAACAAGGUCGACAUCAAGAACUGGAACUCCAGCAACAACAACAACAACAAUGACACCCUAACUAGUCCUUCCAAAUCCAAAAAAUUCCUGCCCUCCGUCAAGGCACUCAGGAAUCAGUUUGAGGCCGGGAAGACGUCCAAUGGCAAACCAGAAGCCAACGGCAGCAUCACCACCAACGGAACCAAUGGACAGACACUCAGCCGGAAGUCCUCAUCAUCUUCAGUGGCCAGCAAUUCCCAGGACAUGGCCAGCACCGCCACCAUCACCACCCUCCACUCGCCCGUCGCCUCCGUGGAGAGCCUCGGGUCGCCUGCCGUUCCAGAGGAUGGUCAGGGGAGCAGUGAGCCAGUGGAGCCAAUCUUCAAUCAGUUCCGGAAAGUGGAUCAGGAGCUGCGGGAAUUGAUGAGCAAGCCCCAUUCCACCUCAGGCUGGGACCCGAGAUCCCUGCUGAAGCGCCUGUAUUACAUCCCCGAGGCACCAAAGAUACAGAGCCAAGGCACCACCUACGUCAACAUUGAGGGCUACCUGGAGAAGCUUCCAUCAGGCCGCAAGAAGGCCACCUUCUGGAAUGCAUGGAAGAGGCGGUACUUUAUGGCAAAGAACGGGAUCCUUUAUUACUAUCAGAGUGCACAGACAGACAAGCCCAGCAUGAAGAUGACUCUGAUGGGGGGCAAAGUGGAGUGCAUGGAGCCCAACAUGGUUGGUGUGGAUGAUGGGGGACGUGACAAUAAAGCCUCCAACAUGCUCGGCAUUGAUGACGGGAAAGGUCACUACGUAGUGGUGCGCUGCAGCUCUCGACAAGAGGCUGAGCGGUGGCGUCGAGCACUGGAGACACACACAGUGGAGGACUUUACCAGCCAGUAUGUGCAACCCUGGCCCAUGCCCACUAAUCCUACAUUGUUAAGGGACACCAUCAUUGUUGACAUUGGCUCAGCCUCUAUCAGGGCUGGGGUUUUAGCUUCACAAGCCACCCUGCCACAAGUCUUCAUACCGUCAGUGAUGGCCAGUGGACGGGAGGGCCGAGGGCAAGUCUGGGGCAUGGAUGCUCUUGCCCCUGAUGUGCGUGCUUCCUCCUCGCUAACCUUCCCCAUCAGGCCAACGCACAAAAUAUCAAAGUAUUCUGUGGACCUGAGUGCUGUCUCAAGUCUCCUGCAGAAGGCCUUUGCAGAACUCAAGGUGGACCCGAAGAACUACCACAUCCAGUUAUCUGUGCCGCGAGUCCUCAACACCAACACUCAGGCUGAGCUCCUGCGCGUGCUUUUUGACAAGUUCAGCGUCAGGUCGAUCAAUCUCACCCAUCAGUCCAUCUUGGCCCUGUAUGCCUAUAAUGCCACUUCUGGUAUUGUAGUGGAUGUUGGGGAAAGGAUGGACAUUGUGCCUGUUAUUGAUGGCUACAUCGUUGACGGAGGCGUGUCUCGAGUACCCUAUGGAGGCUACCGCAUCCUUGACCACCUGCGUCAGUUCCUGUACAUGAGGAACAUCUCCUGCAUCAAUGAAGUGGAGAGCUACAUCAUCAGACAGGUGCUGGAGAACAUCUGCUACUGUGCCCACCACUACAACACUGAGAAGGCUCGUUGCACCAAGAAUCCUGAAAACUUUGAAAAGAGUGUAUCCUUAGCCGAGUACUGCACCAAAGAUUGGCCCUACGAGUCCAUUUCCCUAGACUUCGGCCGUUUCCAGGCCACGGAAGGUCUCUUCAACCCUGACGCCUGGGGUCUGGAUCACCCUGGUCUCCACAAACUAGUCCAUAAGGCCAUCAUGGAGUGCAGUAUGGACAUUCGCAAAGAAAUGAGCCGCAGCAUCUUCCUUGCUGGAGGCGUGACGCAGCUCCCUGGCCUGGUGGACCGUCUCACCACAGAGCUGGACAACCUUACCCCACCUGCCAUCAGACCCAAGGUUCACGCAUCACCUUACCGUUACCACGCUGCAUACAUUGGUGCCUGCGUGUUGGCCGAGUCACCUGCCUUCACCCAAUCCAGGAUCACCCAGGAAGACUGGAAUAAGCACGGCAACUCAACGCUUCGCAAGUGGUCACUCUGAGCAUUCUUCAGUAUUUUGCAAAACCACAAAUGCACGGCCAUGUCCAAAGUCUUGUUGGAUCUAGUACACUGAAAGAGAAUCACAAUUUUAACCUUAUGCAAAUCUGUAUAGUGUCCUGAAUAGUAUUUGCACUUGCAAUCCUGUAUUUUUCUAUAACUCGCUAAAGUAAAUAAAACCGAACGUAUACACGUGCCUUUUACUUGAAUAAGUGUUAUAUAUAUAUGUGAUACAUCAUGAAUACUGUGAAUACUGUGUCACUGCUAUGCAAACAUUACUGAUGAUGACAAGCACUUCAGAUCAGUAAUAACCAUGUACGGCACACUGGAUCUUUACAAGUGGCACUAAGAAGUGUUAUGUUGCUGCUGGUCGGUCACUAAUGGAAUGGCAUUCAAUGACAAAAAAUAGAGCUAGUUUUCUAUAAAGUAGAACUGACUGUAAUAUGAACAUAUAUAUAUUAAUCAACAGUUGAUAAGUACAUGGUAUAUACCAUUUCUUUUACUCCUGUGUACAUGAUCUGAGCCGCUUGAAUUAGUUACUGAAGAUAUAUUAAACUUUAAUGCUUUUUUUGUGCACAAAUUAUUCCACUCUAAACUGUACUGAUAAAUACUAGAGUGUUAAUGGCCUUCCCUAUUAACUACUCCCACUGAGCAUGUCACAGAACAAUGUCCCUCCAUUGCAAAGAUGUAUAGUUUGUACAUACGUGUCAUAAGGUGAAAAGGUUAACUUAUUCAUGUAUAAAUUGCAGUUGGACUUGUUUACUUACAAUAAAAAAUUUGUAAAUUCAAA